AUGCUUCAAAUACCAAGAAUUAGCAAACAAAGCGAGAUGCCGAUGGUAAAAAUCGAGAUGCAGAUCAGCGAACAAAUUCCAAUUAAACUUUUGAGCGGUGUGAACAUCGAAAAGAAUCCCAAUGAUAUCACCCAAUUUGUGUUGGGAUUUAAAAUUUUAAUCAAAUUCUUUAAACAUUUUUUGUACAGCAUGCACCGUCCUCCACAAAAAUUCGGCACAAAUCACAAUCGCCUACAUGCUUCUGGUGAUUUUUCCAAGACUUCACCCAACUCUUCUGUUUCAACAGAAUCAAACUCUAUUUGUUCACCCAAAGAAUCAGACUCUAUUUGUUCACCCAACGAAUCAGACUCUAUUUGUUCUCUGUCGACAAUUGAGCUCGAAUCGAUUUCGUGUCCUUCAUCUCCUCCCGUUUCUGCAAUUAAAAAAGCUUUGGAAGCCGGGACGCUUACUGCGGCCUGCCCAAACCUUGUGCUGAAAAAGGACAAAAGAAUCCCACUUUCUCCUCAGCUUAUUUCACAAUUCCAAACCGUAGAAACCACCCCAUCUGCGAGUAAAGCGUGCGGCCAAGCUUUCUCAUCCAUUGAAAAAUUGACAGAAUCUUCUUUGGUGAAAAGUGCCGACAUAGCCGAUAACACGAAGUCAUCCCCAAAUAAUACACUGGGCUUCAAUUCGAUCCAAAAUGACGGUUCAAUCGAUAAAAUUGGCUAUGAAACCCCGGAAAAUCAAUCUGAUACUCAAAUUUCGAUCCCGAAAGCCCUGUCUCAAGUCUCUCUCAAUACGUACGAGCAAAUUUUGAAUUAUUACACGGCUAUUGAACACGUUCCCGAGACUAAAAGAAUUGAAGCUGAACCCCCCUCAAAUCUAUCUGAUGAGGACAUAAUAAAUUCCACAGAACCAAUUGAGGCUCAUUUUAUCGACCAUCAUAAUUCGGCUUGCGAAAGUUUGUCGUUUUCCGACUAUGAAGCUAAUCUUGAUGAAGAUUCGGAAAAUAGUACAGAAGAUCAUCCCGAUCUCGGGAAUGCUCACGAUAUUGAAAAAAUCUCCCAGACCGACAAAGAUCUCCUCAAUCCUUUCUCUUCGGCAGGCGAGAACUACUCUCAGCAUAUCUGUUCGUCUCAAUCGCUGACGGAAGAGUCUACUGAGGAGCUGUCUGUUGACACAUCUGAAAUUAGCUCUUCAGAUUCUUUACUUUCAUCUGAAAGUGGCGAUGAGAAAAAGCAGGACGAGCUUUCAGAGAUACUUUACGAGCAUCCCCCAAUCGAAACGACAUCCCAGAAUUCCCCGCAGGCUUUAGGGAUCGAUGAAAGCUCGGAAAAUUAUUGUAAUUUUAUGAACAGCUUUAAAAACAUUCCUAUGCUCUCGAUCGAAUUGAAAGAAGACAUUGAAAAGUUUUCCAUCGAAGGAUACGCAUCUCAAUAUUUUGCUGUUCGCUCCAAAGCACUGAACUUUUUUUCUGCCAAAAAAGUGAUUCCCUUGAAUACGCUGAUGUCAUGGUCAAAGGCUCCCCUUACCCAUCCAUUAACAGAACUUGCCAAAAAGUUUCAUAAGGAUGCUCUUCGUGCCUUUAAAGAUGUUCAGCGUAUCAUGGGAGAGAGGUCUGGCGCAAGUUCGUUCGGCCAAACAUGUGCGCCUGUCAGUGAGGUGCAAAAUCUGAUCACACUUGCAAUCAAUAAUGGCGAGUUGAGAGAUGAAUUGCUUUGUCAGGUUAUAAAGCAAACCACGAUGAAUCCAAACCUCGUCAAUACUCGGAGAGGUUGGUCGUUACUUGGGGCUCUUUGCGCUACCAUCCCACCUUCCAAAAAUCUUCAGUCCUAUUUGGUUGGCUUUUUGAUGAAAUCAAUUCUCGAAUCCAAAGCAAAGGUCGCCGAGUUGCAGGUCUUUUUGGCAAGCAGCACUCCGUUAGAGAGCUCUUCCAAAAAGAGCAAAAAUGUCCAACAAGAAGAGCUGAUACACAGAACGGCCAUAUAUCGCGCCUCAAAAUUCGCUUUGAAGGGUAUCCGCCGGACCUGCAUGCCAGGCGUUUCUCCCCGUCUGAGGAUUCCGCUUGCCGAAGAGAUUGAACACCUCAUGAAUAUGUCGCUCUAUGACUCUCCAUUUGGAGAAUCCCUUGAGCAAAAAGACGUCGAGGUGAAAGGCCCAGAUAGCCCGACAACGAACGAACAGCCUGCCUGUAUUCCAAAAAUUGCCAUGUACUUAACGGAAGCAAUUAUAUCCCUUGGCGGUCUUUCUACACCCGGAAUCUUCAGAAUAGCCGGAAAUAAUGAGCAAUUGUCUAUUUUGCGAAGAUCGCUAGAAAAGGGCGAAUUCCGUACCCUGUAUUCAGAUGCUCAAAGUCCAAAAACCCAAAAGGCUAAAUCCUCAUCUCCGAAAAGGAAGAGUAAUUCCUCUUUAUGUGAUUCUGGAACACCACUUCCUGUAAAUGAUGUACAUGUUCCGGCAACCUUGUUGAAAACCUGGCUUAGAGAGCUUGAGGUAUCCCUUGUUCCCGAGCAUUUUUAUGAUGCAGCUCUCAAGGCGGCCAACAUUUCAUCCCAAUCUGAAAAGAUAGCUGCUAUAAAAAAAAUCGUAUCUGCUCUUCCACCAUGUCACAAGUCGACACUGGAGUUUUUAACUUUGUUUUUUCGCAUCAUUGCUGGGGAAGACCAAGGGCCCAAUGAGACCAAAAUGAAUGUUACCAAUUUGGCCAUCGUUUUUGGGCCAACCAUUCUUAGGGCCCCUGCCUCUGUUAGUAGCGAUUCUGCAAUGGAUAUUGCCAAAGCCUUCAAUAAUGCAAAGCUUGAGCAGCUAUUUUUGACCACCAUUCUGUCCAACCCGACCGCUAUAUUUUCAUGA